AUGCUGGGCCAACUCGUAGGAUCCGUCAUGCUCUUGGUCGCAACCGCGAUCUUUCUCUACUACACCGCGUGGACCCUGUUGAUGCCCUUUGUCGACCCCGGCCACCCCCUCCAUGAGAUCUUCCCACCCCGUGUUUGGGCCAUCCGCAUCCCCGUUAUCCUCACUCUCUUGGGUUCUGCUGUGGUUGGCACCUUUAUUGGAAUUGUGAUGGUCAACAGCAACAAGAAGAAGGCAGCCAAGGCCAAGGCCGCUAAGAAGAAGACCUAA